AUGCCAGACCCAAAUACCAGUCCCAAAAAUAAUAGUAAUGAUGAAAAUAAUUUUGAAACAAAUAAUGGUUAUGAUAAAAAUGAAAUAAACAAUCGCGAUGGAGGUAACAAUAAUGAUAAUAAUAAUAAUAAUAAUAAUAAUAAAAAUAAUAAUAAAAAUAAAAAUGAUGAUAAUAAAAAGAGUAAUAAUAAUUAUAAUGAUAGUAGUAAGGAAGAUAAUUCAAAAAAUGAAUCAAUUAAUAAAGAAGUUGAUGGUGAUAAAACAUCAAAUUCACAUCAUAACCAUGAAGAAUAUCAUGAAACCCCCGAUUCAAUAUCAUACUCUCAAGAACAAAAACAAAAUCAUCUUGAUGAUUCACCACGAAAUCAUCAACAGCAACAACAAGAGCAAAAACAACAACAACAUUUCCACCACCCAAAGAAUCGACAUCAACAACCUCAACACCAUGAGCACCAACAACAACAACAGCAACAACAACAACAACAACAAAAAGAAGAAAGUUUCAACCUCCAACAAUUUAAACAAUUACAAAUGCAAUUAUUAAAUAAUCAAAAACCAGUUAAUUUAACACCACCACAACCACCACCAGAAAUUGAAAAUGUACCACAAACAUUUCUUUGUUGGGUACAUUGUGGUCAUUCAGAAAUUAAAGAAGAAAUUAAAUUUGAAAAUGUUUGGAGAUUUACUCAUUUAAGACCAUUUAUUAAAAUUGCAUUUGGUGUUGAACAAUUGUCACCCUAUAUUCAAAUGUAUAAUAAUUCAUCAUUAAAUUCAAAAUCAUUAAUUGAUCCUGAAACUUUAAUUAAUGAUCCAAAUAAUUUACCAAAUAAUAUCUAUUUUAAAGUUUUAUCCCCACAACAAAUUAAUUCAGCAUUAUUCCUUGGAAUUUCAAAUUAUUCAAUUUCAAAUAAUUUUAAUAAUUAUGAUGAAUCAAAUCCAAAUCCAAAUCCAAAUAAUAAUAAUAAUGAUAAAAAUAAUUAUAAAAAUAAUAAUAAUAAUAAUAUUAAAGUUAGAGUAUUUUCAAAUGAUUUUGAAACUCAACCAGCAUUAGAAUUUCAAAGUGGUAUUGAUAUGAAUACAAUUGGAAAAAAUUUUAAUAUUGUUGGUGGAUGGUUAAAAAAAAAAGGUGAUUUCAAUUCUCAAAGAGUAAAAUCACCAUUUAAUUCAGGUGAUUAUGUUUUAGUUGGUUCAAUACCAAUUCAUAAAACCAUAACAAUCAUUUAUCAUGGAUUUUUCAGUUACUUUGAUAAAAAUCAAAAUGUUAAAAUUAAAUAUUCAGAUACUCAAAUGGAAAUAUCUGAAAAGAUCUUAAACACUUUUGGUUAUAAAACAAAAACAAAAUUUCAAUUAUUAGAUAUUAAUGGUGGUGUAUUUAUUGAUGAUUUAAAUUUUGCUGAUUUAAGUGAUGAAAAAGCUUAUGAAUUAAAAACUAAUAUUUGGUUUAAAUUAAAUUAA